UAUUUAUUAUUAUCAAUAUUAAUCUUAAUAUUUUUAACAGAUGAUUUAGGCUCAACAAAAUUAACGAGAUGAUGAUAUUAUAGUUGGACAAAUAAACUAGUGAGACGAGAACAUUAUAAUUAUUCAAGUAAAUUAGUUAGACACCACGAUAUUAUAAUUAUACAAGCUCUCCCUAGAUUUAAAAUCGAAGUGAUUUCUUAUUAUUAGGAUAUGAAGUCAUAGUACAUGGAAUGGCUGAUGGGGAACGUGCUUGCACAUCUAAUUACAUGGUUAAAUAACACAACAUAGCAGGGUUUUAUUUAUCACCUGAUGAACAUUAGGUGUAGAGAGGCUCGAGUGCAUGCCCAACUUGGCAAUUCUAGUGACAUUAGGCCAACCCAUUUGGAUCCGAUUCGUUCUGAUUGGGUCGGGUUUAGGGCAUCUCUUUCGUAUCCCGUCUGAUUCGAUCCAUUUCCGCCCAUUAAACACCUCCCGAUCUCGCGUUAGUUGAACUGUUGCGAUAUCCUCCCACUGCUCGAUCUCCGGAGUCGAAACAGAUCGCCGUUCAGGACAGAACCUCUCGUCCAAGUCUAUCAAAUUCCUCGCUCGUCUUGACGAGUCUAUCAAAGUCGAUCUUCGCCUCCUCCUGCAGGGGCGCUUCACCAUCCAAUCGCCAACCCUAACACCAGGCCCUUAAGCCAUGGCCUCGCCCCCUCCGGCACCGGCAAUGUCGUUCUCCGACUUCCCGGAGGACAUCCAGCUCAACAUCCUCUCCUUCCUCUCUCCCACCGAGAUCUCCGCCUUUGCCUGCACCUCCCGCCGCUUUGCCGCCCUCUGCGGCGCCGCAGCCCACGAGAGCCCCCUCUGGGUCUUCAUGUGCGAGCGCCGCUGGGGCUUCAGCACCCACCUCCGGUCCUGGUCCUCCUCCGCCGCUGCUGGCCGCCGCUCCCCCUUCGCGCGCCUUUACAAGGCCCUCGACCGCUGGGAAGACCUUAUUGGGUUCUGGCGUCGUAUCGGCCCCGGCGACCCGCUUCUUGUCUUCUUCGAGUGGGGCCCCUCCUACAUUGUCGGGUCCCGAGUCUCCCCCUCGACCGAGGCAGCCAGAGACGGAUACGGCAUCCUCAAGGUGCCCUUUCUGUGGUUGGGUCUCUCCUCCCACGGCGAGCCCGGUAGCUUCCUCCAUCCCGGCUGUCGCUUGGACUCGGUGGCGGAUCUGCUGGGCGCGGUUUCGGACUCCUCGAUCUCAUCCUCGGGUUUCUCAGAUCCCGACUUGGUGCCCGUGACCGUCAGUUUCAUGGGUCGCAACCAUUUCGUGCUGGAAGUGAAUCGGGGCCAUGACGCAAAUGCUAGGGCAGAAAGUUCCAAUUGGGUUCAGAAGGAGGUGCUUCGAAUUGAGGGCACCUCCCCUCCGGACCGGUUGAUGUCGGAGAUCUAUCAGCACUUUGCCAAUCGGACGAGCCCCAUUGAUGGUAAGCCUACGAGAAGGCAGAGAAAGAAGGAAAAGGAGCGUUUCGAAAGGAGGCGACGAUGGCAUGCAGAGCAUUUUGUGAAGAUCUGUAACUGCUAUCCCACACCAGAGCGGCCUUUGCAGGGCUUGUGGAAGGGGAUCUCUGAGGACAGGGUUCUUGAGUUUUAUCUUGUUGCCUAUGAUGAUAUCGGUGGAAUUACUUGUCGGAGGGUUGGCGAAGCAGGGGGUCAAUUUUCGUGUUAUUCUCCAGUUUUCUGGACUUCAAACACAGCAUUUCUUGAAUCACCAUUUCCUAGAGAGGAACAGGAUUUGUAUGGGAGCCGCGAGCAUAUUCGCUCUGUGGCUUCCGAUUGGAGAAGCACUGAGAGUGAAGUCGUCUCGCGCAUUCUCCAUGUCAACUCUGGCUGCUGCGACUUGGUAAUUCGAAGCCUAUCUGAUUCCUCCAGCAGUGAUCCAAGAAACGCGGAUGGUAGGAUAUGGGAGUAUGAUGAUGGAACCUUUGGGUUUGGAUUUCUUCGAAAUGAUUAUAUCAUUGAUUUGAAGCAUGUCACCUUAAAUGGGUCUCUUCUUGAUACUGUAGAGUUACCUUCUCUACGAACUCUAGCUACUGACAAGUCACGAUCGUGUGAUUCUGUUGAUUUUUAAUGAAAUCAAAUAAUUCUGAGAA